AUGCCUAUCGAACAGGUAAUUCUCACAAUUCACGCCAUCUAUGACCUACCGCGGGAGAUGCAGCAACUGGAUCCGCGGCGGGAGCAGCUUGAGCUUUUCGUGCAGCCUGUAGUCAACUACAACUACCGGGGGCGGCGCGUGAAAUUACUGCCGCUGGGCGAGAGCGUGAUGCCAUUUUCCUCCUCUUCCAUUUUGUUCAAACGCGAGCGUUUUAUUUUGGAUUUGGGUAACAUCACGACGCCCUACGCGAGCCCAAAAUGUGCGCUGCCGUCGAUCUCGCCGCGUACCUCACCGUGGCGACGGUGGUACCCAACGGCAGGGGAAGAGACAAACGAAGAGGACGACAGCGACAACGAAACGAGCAACAAUGACACAAAAAGAAAUAUGAUUCAUGGAAAUCAAAUUUUGCUGCAGUACCCUUGUACGCUUGGUCUCUCAACAACUCUUGAUGUCAUGGUUGGCGUUCGUCAGCAUCGCAUAGGAUCCUCCGUGCUGCGAUGUAUCACGGUCGGUCAAAGUGCAGACACACACUCCGAUGGCGCCGGGUUUUUUUCAAUGGCAAUCGAGGAGGUCCGAAAGAAGAAGACCGUCACACGCGUUGUUGGUCUCAGUGUAGGCGGCGUCAUACUCUCCGUCUCAGUGAAUCCAAAUGACGACAAGGAAUCUGUGCUUGGACGCCUCAUCGAGGACAAGAAUCGUAACCUCGUCAGUUGUGGCAAUAAUCAAGCUCUGGAGAAGCUGGAUGUGGCUGCCAUGUUGCUUGAAGGGUUUUCAGAAGUGGAGAUUUAUCAACACAUGCGGCUGAUUGUGGAUCCCGAUUAUUAUCUUCGACGCUUAGAGAACCUUCUUGCGUUGUACCCAGAACAAGGGAGUGCGGAGUGGCGACAGAGUGGCGUAUUGCUGCAGAAGUACGCAUCGAGGGAGGAGGAACUUAUGCGCAGGGCCAAUUUGGAGAUUGGACCCGAGUGCUCUAGCGUCUCUGCACGGCACCGUUUAUUGGCCUACCGCUACAAGUAUCAUCUUAGCGACCAAAGCGUACGGGAGUGCCUUCAGUCCGUUCUGGGGGAAGAAAUCCAUGAAACGUUGGUUACGGAGCCGGAGGUUGUGUUUGAGCUACUGACAAAAAAGUUUGGGACGGAGCCACGACCAACGUCGUAUCUUUUUCCUGCGCGGAAGUACAAGCCGGACCGACGUACUUUCUUCUUUGAGACGCUGCACUUUUUGGUCAACGGCUCCGGCGAGAAUCUCCGUGACGUGGCCUUGACCUCGCGCAACAGGCGGGCACCCUUCACCAUGUCACCGUGUGAACGGCCACUGCACUUGGGCACGUCCAGUCUGCGUCCGAGUGAGUCACCGAGUGAAAUAGAAAUUCUUCGUGACAAAUAUGCCCCAGAGUUCAGUCAGAUUGUGCCGUCCAUUGCGAAUGCCCUGCAGGCCGUUGUGGAGCGGAACCGGAAGCUCGCCCAACUCGUCAAGGAGGACGCCAAUUUUAUUAUAUUUCAGCAACAAGGAUUACAUCCACAAGUUUCCUUUCACGAUUUUGUGCAUCGCACUGCAGAGUACACCUUCAUCUCCCCCUCGUCCCUUCUUGGGGCUAUCAUCUACCUUGAUCGCCUAUGCCUGCGCCACCCGAAUCUAAUCAUCACGGAAAAGAACAUAUUAAGGCUUUUCUUGACCUCCGUUCGCGUCGCAUCCAAGACCCUGGAAUUGCGUAGUAUUAACAACCGCCACUUCGCGGAAGUUUUUGGACUUGACACGAAAUCAUUGAACCUUUUGGAAGAAGCGUUUAUCAAGCGGCUGGUGUUUGAUUUCUUCUUAUCGCCAGAGGAAUUUGGAGAUUAUGCCCGUUUGCUGCAGCCAUCCAAUUCCUACUAUUGCCGAAAUUUGUCUGCACAUCGUGGAUAUGCAUCAACAGGGGGAGUACCAGACGAGAAGGCGAUUCCGGAGUCAUCAACCACGCAAUAUUAUCAGGAUACUCCCAGCAACUACAGUAGCAACGCCCAAAACCCUCCUGCUACAAAUCCAUUGGGAACUGAUAGGCAGUCAAACAUUCAAAAACAUAUCAUAGAUGCCAGGGAGCCUGGAGUAAAUGGGGUUGCCAAUGUUUCUCAGGGAGCGUCGUGCUCUCAAGGCAUUGGGCCCAUGGAGCACAACAGCCGAGUGGAGGCGUCAUCCAAGAAACAGCUUAUCGGGAUAGGUGGCAGCGGCGCGUGUGGUCUUAACCACCUUAGUGUCAGUGAAAACAGCAAAAAUACCGUGCCGACGGCGGGAGGUGACGGGGGUGAUGCAUCCCGAGUCGUUGCAGGAGGCAUUAGCCAGGCGGAACGCAAAGACAAAGUGGUGGUGUAG